UCACAUUUAAAUUACAUAUUCAGUGGCCAAAUCAUGAGCUCGCAAGCGUGGAAACAAACGCGCAACAACAAAAAUAAUACAUAAAGCUAAACUUGUCAAUUUCAACUCGUCCGAAGAGAACCAUCAUCGAAUCAUCUAUAAAUUCCACGAGCUAUGUAAAAUUCUCGAAAAUUCCGCUCGAUUCGGCAAGUAAAAUCAUUUGGUCCCCAGGAAACUCACCCUCUGAAGAAGAGCUCCUCGAAGAUCAUCCUCAAGGUCACACUUCCCGGACACGCACGAGUCAAACAUGUCCGACAAGGAGUCGAACGACGAGAUCCAGGUGAUAUCCGAGAGGUUGCAGACCGCGACGACGAUCGACUCCACGUGCAACAACUCUCAGCACCAGGAGAAGGCCUCGCGAAAGGGUCCACCUCCAGAGGGUAAGAAGCCUUGUCCGCUCACCACCGGGACGUCCACCGCGUCUACGACGAUCACGAGCACCAUCCUCGAGGACUACGUCCAGGUGCGGAGCGUUCCGGAGCUGAACCUCCCGGAGAAGAUCGUUCUCGUGAUCGACACGGUACGUGAACAGCAAUGCACCCCCUUUAAACUGGGCACGGGGGCCACGUUUCCGCCCUUGUACAUGAUAAAACGCGUGGUGGAGAACUUCGUAGGUGCCAAGUCGACGAUACAGCCCGGGGUGCACGAAUACGCGCUGAUGAGCCUGGACUCGCGGGGCGCCAGCUGGCUCUGCGACUACACCAGCAACGUGAAGAGCCUGGUGGGCCACCUAGAGGGCGUCGAGGACACCCCGGACGAGGAGCGAGGCACUUGCGACCUGGGUCGGCUCUUCGAGACGAUACACGGGAGGAUAGCGACGCCGUCGACGAGCCAACCGCUCUUUGUCUCCCGGGUGAUCCUCGUCUACGGGAGAUCCAACUCCAUCCCCAAGUUUCACACCGGCCAGAAGUACCUGGAGAGCCUCACGAAGAAUCCUUAUUUCUUCCUGGACGUUCUGUUCGUUCACGAGCCGGCCAGCGAGGACAACCUCUGCGAGGCCGUCUACGCGGAAAUCGCCGCCCUGGAUACAACGAGUUACUCUUAUAUCUUCGAAGUGGGCAGGAACGCUGCCAAGCUGCAUGAUAACAUGGCAAAGCUCCUGGCGCAUCCGCUGCAGCGUCCCCUGCAAAAGGACGCCUUUUAUACCUUUGCUUCGAACGCUGUGGCACAGGAAGUGCACACUAAUGUGUAGAGUGCUAUGGACAGUUGUAUUUAUUUUUCAUUGAAAGGUUUCAAAACUUAACGAUGCAACGCUGUAAGUGGAGGGAGAGCUUGUCCUUUCGAGCGAAGGCGCGUCCGCAGAUCUGGCAGGAGAAGGGCUUAAUCCCGGAAUGCGUCCGUUGAUGCCUGAUAAGAUUAGACGCAGACGAGAACUUCUGCUGACACUUGGGACAUGUGUAAGGCUGCUCACCGGUGUGCUUCCUCCUGUGCUUGUUGAGGUCUCCGGUGUGAUGGAAGGCCUUCUGACAGAAAUCGCACGUUAAUUGUCGACUCCUCCUCGUCCCUCCAACGUUUUCGUCCAUUUUUCGCGAAUCUUUGCGAACUGGAUCCUUCGUGGGAAUUUUCUCGAAACGCAAGUCCGGAAGAUGUUGUUGCUUCUGGAGAUCUUCGAGUUUGGUGAUGCAAGAAGAACAAACUGUGUUCAGAACCUACAGAUAGAGAGGCGAACAUAAUUAGAUAUAUAAGAUGUAAUUAGAUUUCAGGAUGUGUAAAUAAAUUCAAUUACCACCGGA